AACAACAUGUUGCAAUGGCAAAGACCCAUUCGCGCUUGUCUCUUAAACAGUGGCAAAAUUCUACUGCUUCCGGUUUUAUUAAUUAACGUGUUCAUAAUCGUCUUUAUGCUCCUUCGCAUAGAGAAGUCAAUAGUACGUGUGAAAAACUGUUAUAAAGAAGCGGUUACUAAUGGCUUGAGUUCCGUGAACUGGACUUCAAUUGAAGGAGCUGGACCAACUCCCCUAGAGAAUGUAUUAUUUGCGGAAAAGAAACCGCGACCGGGUCGCACGAUAUUCUUCUUGGAGACUAAUUGUGUCUGUGCAGAUCCGCAUUAUAAUUUGCUCGCUCUGAGGCCACGACAGGCUUGUACAAUUGAAUCGGCUGCACUACAUUAUCCAGAUUUUGAUGUUUUUGUUCUCUCGGUGUGUUCAAGUUACCGGAAACCCAGCGAUCCAAUAAUCAACACGCUUCUCAGCUAUACGAAUGUUCAUAUACGUCGACUUAAUUUAUGGCAAUUUUCAGCAGAGACUCCAGUCGAGAAUUGGAUCAGGAGGGAAAAUCUAUUUGACUCAAGAUAUCUGAUGAACAAUAUAUCCAAUCUGCUUCGCUUGUUGGUUCUAUAUCGCUAUGGUGGCCUUUAUCUGGACAUGGAUAUGUUAGUACUGCGCAGGUUUGAAAAUGAAUCGAUGAAUUUUUUGGGUGCUGAACCCAAUUUCAGUGUUGGGAAUAGUGUUAUCGGACUUAAGCCAUACGGAUUUGGACGCAGGCUUGCCGAACUAUUCCUGCUGGACUUUCAAAGAAAUUAUAAUGGCAACAUCUGGGCUCAAAAUGGACCCAGAAGUGUGUCCAGAGUGAUGUCAUAUGUUUGCAACACAGACAACAUUAGAGUAAUGCAGCAGGAUCUUCUUCGUUGCCAAGGAAUUAAGAUUUUCCCAGUGAAAGACUUUUAUGAAAUUGCCGGUCAUGAGUUGCAGUAUUUCUUCGACCCAAAGUUUGCGAAUGCAACAAUGAAGCGAUUACAGAAUUCAUAUUUGACACAUAUAUGGAAUCACCAAAGUUCAAUGAAACCCCUUAAAGUUGAUUCUAAAGCCGGCUACAUUCAGUUGGCAGCUCAACAUUGCCCUGCAGUUUUAAGAGUCACUGAAAAGUGGUUCAAUUAAUCCUCAAUGGAACUUCUUAAUGCUUUUUCUCCCUUCGGUAUUGAGUUCGUUAAUUAAAUAGAAUAUACAGCUGCCAGUUUAUA